GUUGAAAAUUGGCAUGUAGAAAACUGAUACAUGUAGGAUUCAGGAUAUUCCUGGUUUGUAUGAAGUUAAACUUAAGGCAUAAUGAAACCAGAAAAACUAUUUGCAGACUUAAUUGUAUUGAAUAAACUAUUUGUGUUUAUCACAUUACAACUGUUUGUUGUCUCAAUCUUUGGGAAACAAACACCAACCAGUAUACAAGACUGUUCCGACUUUUAUGGAUUGAGUGGAAAAGAUAGCGGUAUUGCAUUAAAAGAUUUGCAAAAUGAUUGUGAAGAACAACUGCUCAAAAUGAAACCAACUCAUCAUAACCCAAGUAACUUUACUGCCGAAGAGAAACUUUAUAUCUCUUCUCUAUUUCGGCAGUUAACAGCAGAAACAUGGACUAAUACUGAAAAUAAGCAACAUUCAAACAGGUUCAAAAGACAUGGCAAGUAUCGUGCUCGAUACAGAAGAGAAGUCCGCAGUGCCCCACAUCGUCAUUGGGAGAGAUACGUCGCUGGAGUCAGAAGACUUAAGUUUGACAUGAGUGGCGGUGGGGGAAGAAGCCGUUACGAUACAAUAGCAGAUAUACAUGGACUUGCAAUGAUACAGGCUCACAGUGGACCAAACUUCUUGCCAUGGCAUAGACUUUAUCUGUUAAUAUACGAAACUGCAUUGGGUGUACCGAUUCCUUAUUGGGACUCUUCACUUGACCAAGAAAUGGCGGACCCGACUAAAUCUAUUUUAUGGACAUCAAAAUAUUUUGGAAAUGGAUUUGGUGUACUUGAAACUGGACCGUUUGCAGGAUUUCAAACUCCAGGUGGCUCCCUCAUCCGAAAUAUUGGUUCCGACGGAAUGUUGUAUGAUAAAAGGCUUAUACCAAGAAUUUGGUCAAAAACAAGGUUGAGAGAAAUAUCAGUUCCAACAUCUGCACCCGAUGACGGUUUAGAAGAACAACAUAAUGGCGUACAUAUAUGGGUCGAUGGUACCAUGGACAGUCUCGUUCUGGCCCCUCACGAUCCGAUAUUCUGGUUGCAUCACUGUUUUGUUGAUUAUAUUUGGGAAGUUUUUCGAAUGCUUCAGGUGUCACGUGGCAUUAAUCCAGCUUUUGAUUUCGUUCCAUCAAACAGGACAGGGCACGGUGUAGAUGAAGAAGCCUUUGGGAUAGAAGGAUACACUAACAGAGAUGGAUAUUUAAAUAGUAUUGCACGUCUUGUUCAAUACGACCCAACGCCAAAAUGUCCAUAUUGUGGAUUUAGUACCGAUUUGUAUUGCGAUGAGACCACUGGGUAUUGUGUAUCACGAGAGCAACCUCAAGGAACCUAUCAAGGGAAUCGAAUGUUAGCUGGAAAAAUUGCCAGGGAAAAUGGUCUUGCUGAAGGCAAAUUUGGUCCAGUAUUUGAACGUUUUAGAUGGGACAAACGAGUUCGUCAUGACUCUGUCACUCAGCCAAAGAAGAAAAAAAUAAUAGUCUGGGUUAAGAAAAUGAAAUAUAAACGUGAUAUACAUCACAUAGUGGAACCAUAAAAAAGAAAACGAUGAUUCAAAUUAGUUGGAGUUUUCAUUAAACAGUGGUUUUAAAUAGAUAAAUGAUAAAUGCAUAUUGCAUUAAACUUUUGUAUUUUAAGAAAUAUACAUGAAUUAUGUUAUAGUAUAACAAACUGAAGAGUGUCAGAAUUAAUCAAAUCUUUUUUGCAAUCCUGACACCCAAGUGUGUGCUUAAAGAUAAGAAAAACCUUACGCCUAAAAAGUAUUCAAAUAAAAAAACCUCCCAAUAUUAAAAAGAAAAGAGUAAAAAUAAGCAUCACAUUUCGAAUUACAAAAAUACUCCAUCAGAAGUAUUAAGAAUGAAUGAUAUCGAUCUACUCUGAGUUCACUAAAACAAUCCUGAACGUAAUACAAUUAAAAAACAAACCACAAGCUUGAUUAAAUAUAAAAUUCAAAACUGAUGCUUUUAUAUUAGGGCUGACUGCUGUAUUUUUAUUGGCGUAUACUCGAGAUCCACCUUUGUUAAUUUGCUCUAGAACUUUUAAAAAUUGUGUCAAAUUUUUCACUUAAAACCAUUAGGAAUGCAGAAAGUCGUCUCACAUCAGUGCAUCAGAUGAUACUGAAUAUAAAUUGCGACUAUACAUAUAUAUUUCUAAAAAAAUUAACUAAAUGAUUUUAAAUCAUAUUUUCCACGGCAGAACGUUUCUGUCGCCAGAGUUUUUCCAGUGUUGUUUACAUUUUUUGUACUCGUGUAUUUAUAUUUUACUUAAUUUGAACUUCAUCGUGGAAAUGAAUAUGUAUAUUCUACAUACAAUAUGUACUUACAACUACAUUUUUUAUCUGCGUCUGUCAGUUGACUUUUAAGUACGAAACCUUUUCUGUUGGUGUGUUUGUUCCACUUGUUUGUAUGUCUGUUCAACUUUUGAGUCAGUUAUAGAGUGUUAUAUGGCGUGAUAUAUGUUUACACAAUUUUUGCUUCUGGAGCAAAAUUAUUGUCACAUUAAUUAUAAUGUUUGUUUUAGGUUGACAAUAUAACGAACCCAAACAACAACUGUAAUACAAGUGAGAGGUUUAGCUAGCUAUAAAUCCAGAUUUGACCCAUUAUUGUUUGUGUAAAGUGCCCGUACCAUGUAAGGAAUAUGACAGUUGAUUUUUUUCACUUGUUCUGUUUGUUGAUAAAGCAUGAUUCUUUUCAGUGUGUAGGAACAUCUAUUUUUGGAUUAACCUUGAGGUUCAGUGUUUUUGUUUUACUUUUAUAUAAAAUAAUGUA